AUGGUUUGGUGGUUCUUAGUAAUUUAUCUGUUUGGCAUUAUUAUUCAAUCAUCAGAACAGGCGUGCUCCACUGGCUAUUAUACAUAUGAAGGUCAAUGUUAUCCAUGUUCACCCGGCCAUUAUUGUUCAGAUGGGAUCGAUGAAUACGUAUGUCUUGCCGGCGAAUAUUCAGACGGAUGGACACAGAGUUAUUGCUCUACGUGUGCUUCGGGCUAUUAUUCUUCAUAUGCUGGCUCCGAUCAUUGUAAUAAAUGCCCCAUAGGUUUUUCGUGUCCAAGACGAGAUCAAGAACCUGUUCCAUGUAAUCCGGGCCAGUAUGCACCCAAUGAAGGAUACGCUUCUUGUAGUGCAUGUUCACAAGGUUACUAUUCAGCAAAUAGUAGUGCAACAGAAUGUUUACCAUGUCCAAGAGGUUACUAUUGCCCAACAACGGAUAUGCUUCCGAUAAUGUGUCCGCCUGGUACAUACCAGUUGAGUACGAGCAGUACCAGUUGCUCAAAAUGUUACGAUGGCCAGUUUACUGUUGAAAAUGGUUCUGUUUCUUGUAAUGUUUGUCCCGGAGGAUUUUAUUGUCCGACGGCGGAUCAGUUACCAAUAGCUUGCCCGAUAGGAACUUAUUCAACUGAAGGACAAACAGUCUGUACAAAAUGUAGUUCUGGUCAGUAUAAUACCUUCUUAAAUUCAACCCGUUGUUAUCAGUGUCCUCCGGGACACUAUUGCGAUGACCCAAAAAUAUGUCCAAAACCCUGUCCAGCCGGAACCUAUAACUCCAGUCCUGGUUAUUCAUCAUGUUACAACACAUGUGGAACAUGUCCUUUUAUAACAAGACUUUUUGAUUGUAAUUCCUGUACACAAGCUAAAAUAUCAAAUUGCACCGAAGGACAAACAGUGCCUAGGUUCGUUUGUUCAUGGAACUAA